AUGGUAAUUGAUACUAGUCGAACAGCCAACAAACCUACAGACAUGGCCCUGAACGUCGUGACCGCAAUCUUUCUCUUGGCUCUUAUCGCUGCCAGCUACUGCAACCCAGUGCCUUCGACAUGUGUCUCCAACCAUUCUCUUCCUCGUGCGGACCUGUACCCCAACAAAGCUGCAUUCGCCGUCAGGUCCUUCUCUCUUUCACCGGAAGACAUUGGACGGAGCCAGUCGGAUACCUGCUCUAACUCCACCUACGCCGGGUUCCCGAGCAACUCUUCUUGCCCAUCGGGUUCCGCUCCUGGCAGCACUGAGGUAGUCAACGAGGACGUACAGUGCCCAUGGACAUACGUGGAGUGCUUCGACUCGGACCGCAUCCCGAUGGCGUUGCAGGUGGCCCAGUGCCAGUGCAGGGGAUGCCUCGACCCUUACACCCACCUUCCAAACCCCGCACUCAAGUGCACCCCAGUCAUGAGGAACAUCAGGGUGCUAAAGAAAACCGAGUGCGCCCGUGGGAUGUUCAGGUACGAGGAACAGACCCUGGCCAUUCCGGUGGCUUGCACAUGCAUGCGCCAGAGGAUAGCCUAA